AGCAGCAGUUCCAAUCUGAGUACAGUACAGUACAGAGAGUGAAAGGAGCAAGACAAGCACGGCUCUGUGUGGAUUAUAGGACUGCAGAAAGGGGGGGAACUGCGCAGGGACAUGGGGACUACAAUAACACUUCCACUGGCACAAAAGCUGUACUAACUUAUGUGAAGGUGGGUCCUUCCUACAAAAGUACUGUGAGGGCCAGAAAAUUAACGUAUGGUUGCAAACAACAGGAAAGAAGAAAGGACAUCAAGUUCUAUAGGAGAUCAUCCAGAAAACGAAGCGAGCAUUUCUUCUCAAGACUGAUGGUGUUAAGCAGGAUGAAGCUUGGGCUUGUGGGAACUAUCAUGCCAGGAGGGACUAGUGGUUCAUUUGGACUGGAAUCCUGUCUCUGGAAUCUAUCCCUGGACAUGGAGGGCAGUAUCGGAUCCUUUUGGUGAAGGCAUAUCACCUCCUAUUCCAUACAGAUCAUGAUCAGUAGAUAGCAUCCCACAACAUGACCAUGGCUCCUCGGAAAAGGAAUCGUCAUGCUCUGGGAUUUCUUUGUUGCUUUGGAGGCAGCGACCUCCCUGAAAUCAACCUCAAGGACAAUAACCCCCUCCAGUUUCUGGAGUUCUCUGUUCCAAUCCCAUCAGCAGAGGAGCUCAAUGCUAGGUUUGCCGAGCUUGUGGAUGAACUGGAUCUCACGGAUAAGAACAGAGAGGCUAUGUUUGCACUUCCGCCAGAGAAGAAAUGGCAGAUUUACUGCAGCAAAAAGAAGGAACAGGAAGACCCUAAUAAGCUUGCUACCAGCUGGCCAGAUUACUACAUUGAUCGCAUCAACUCCAUGGCUGCAAUGCAGACUUUAUAUGCUUUUGAUGACGAAGAAACAGAAAUGAAGAAUAAAAUAGUUGAAGACUUGAAAACAGCUCUGCGGACUCAACCCAUGAGAUUUGUGACCAGGUUUAUUGAGCUGGAUGGCCUGAGCUGUUUGUUGAACUUUCUGAAGAGCAUGGACUAUGAGACCUCAGAGAGCCGCAUACAUACAUCUGUUAUAGGGUGUAUCAAGGCAUUGAUGAACAACUCCCAGGGACGGGCACAUGUCCUAGCUCAUCCAGAAAGCAUUAACAUAAUUUCCCAGAGCUUACGGACUGAGAACAUCAAGACUAAGAUUGCUGUGUUGGAGAUCCUAGGAGCGGUCUGCCUGGUACCAGAUGGCCACAAGAAAGUCCUGCAGGCCAUGCUUCAUUACCAGGUCUAUGCUGCAGAGAGGACAAGAUUCCAGAAGUUGGAACGUGAUUCCCCCCCGAGCACUCUCCAUCAGGUUGAAAACAAACAGUUCUCUUCAUUUUGAAGAAUGAUAGAUGCUGAAAAACCC